CAGUGGGACGGAAAGAUUCGUUUGGCUCGACGCCAAUCUAAGCAUCUGGAAGAGACGAGGAAGCGCGAGUGGAAUGACCUUCGCUCUUCGAUUGAGCAAAAAAUGAUUCAGCUGGUUUCGUCCCAUUUGCGAGCGACAACAAACUCGCCAUUGAGAAUCACUUUUUUUCUCUCUCUCAGUAAAUUCGAUUUCCGCAAAAGCUGUUGAUCGGUGUUUAGUAUGCGAGAUAAGCUUUUUUGAGAUAGUAAAAAACGUUAUCAGCAGGUGUGGUCACCGCUCAUUACUAAUUCAAAAGCAGCCAGCAGAAGACAUGGGCAUUUUGGCGGUGGGCUUUGUGGUGGUGUUGGUGACCCUGCUGGCCAUCAAGGCCUGGUACCAGAGCACCAUGCGAAUGUGCAGGAGCACGCGCCGCAUGGACGGAAAGGUGGUCGUCGUCACCGGAGCCAAUACUGGUAUUGGAAAAGAAACGGCACGCGACCUGGCGAGAAGAGGCGCCCGCGUGUACCUGGCGUGCCGCGACCUGACGAGAGGAAGCAGCGCCAGAAUGGAGAUAAUCGAGAGUACGGGCAACAAAAACGUGGAGGUGCUGAAACUGGACCUGGGCUCGUUGGCGUCGGUGCGCGACUUUGUCAAAGAGUUGAAAUCGCGGGAGACGCGGCUGGACGUGCUGGUGAACAACGCGGCCGCCACCGGGCUGGAGAACAAACUGUCCAGGGACGGAAUGCAGCAGGAGAUGCAAAUCAACCACUUCGGCCCGUUCCUCCUCACCGUCCUCCUCAUUGACGUUUUGAAAAAGUCGUCGCCGAGCAGGGUGGUCACGGUGUCGUCGAUGGCGCACAAGUUCGGCAAAAUCGAGCUGGACAACCUCAACUGCGAAAAGUCGUUCCCCGGCGGCGGCAAACUUUACUGCCACGCAAAACUGGCCAACGUGCUUUUCGCCAACGAACUCGCCAGGAGACUCGACGGAACCGGCGUGAGCAGCAACAGUCUGCACCCUGGAGUGGUAAAAACGGAAAUCGGUCGGCGGCUGCCUUCAUUUGUCAAGCACAUUUUCGGAUUCCUCAUCGGAUUUGCUUUCAAGAAUGCAAAUGAAGGAGCGCAAACGACGAUUCACUUGGCCGUUUCCGAAGAGGUCGGAGGCGUCACCGGCAGAUACUUUGUCGACUGCAAAGACGCGAAAAUGUCAUCGGACGCGCAAAACCACGAGCUUGCCAAGAAACUGUGGGAAAAGUGCGUGCAGCUGGUGAAACUGGCUCCAGAAGAGAUUUCGCUUCUUUGAAAGUUUUUUAAAAUGAUGGAUGAUUUAAUAUUUUCAAGAGCAGAUGUUCUUGAGAGCAGCUUAUUUUUUAGCAAAUGUUUUAUGUGUUAGUGCAAAUUUUAUGAUACAUAAUUGGUAUGUUUUGAAUUUCCUUUUCAUUAAAUAUAAAUUAUUACAAAUUCAA